AGUAUAGUUUGACCGGUCAAGUAAUUUACACCAUCAUUUUUGGCGCCACCCGUGGGACCGUUAAGGUUUCUUCUCCUGAACACAAACCUACCCUCCAGAACACCACUCGAAAUGUCUUCCAGCCAACAAAUCAACGCUACUUCCGCUCAGGUGCAGGCCACCAAGCAUGACUCAGUUCCGACGGCCAGCGUGAUCAGUCCCUUCGUGACCCCCGUCCCUUCCGCUGGACCGAGGGUAACGUUCCCACCAAGCAUGACUCAGUUCAUGAAUGACCCAACCAACCUACAAGCCAUCCAGGGCUUUGGCCAGGUCAUGGCCAUGUGCCAACAGAACGGGGGGAUGCCUUUCCUCCCUGGUAUGUUCCCAUUCGCCCUUCCAGGCACGGGGACCAUGCCCCUACAAGCUCCGAUGGCGGUGACGUCGUUCCAGACGCCGAUGCCGCAGCCAUCACCUUUCCAGCCCCAGCUGGUCAGCACCAUGGCCCCUGUCAACUUGGCCGGUGCACUUAACGCUGCAGGGCCGUCGCGUCCCCCGCAAGCUACGGAUCCGCAAAUCACUCCUGAUGGUCAUUGCGUCUCAAUUGAGAGCGAUGACGGAGAGUGGGACAUCUCGAGGUCCCACAAGAAGAAGAAAGGAAAAAACAUCCGGCCAGCGACCUCCCGAAACUCCGCCUUCGAAAGGCUGGGGGAUAGGGAGGAAGGCCAGAGGAAGUCAGCCAAGCAAAGGCUGGGGCAGAGCGUUGCCCAUGUCAGCGCAUUCGCCCGGCUAGGCGAGGUGCGGGAGGCCGAGCCUGCCCGCACCCGGCGCUCCCGGUC